AUGGCUCCGGCCGGGCGAGAGCUACAGCCUGAGAGCCGAUGUCGCCCCUCACGGACGGUGGACGCGUGGCGAGCCGCGGCGGCCACUCGUGGACGCUACAUGGAGACGCCGGGGGACCGGCGUCGCGGAGGCUGGGGACUACCCCGGAGCUCCUCUGCGCUGGCCGCAGUGGGACUACUGUGCACCGCGUUGACUGCCUGCAUUUGCUGGGGACAGCUGCCGCCACUGCCCUGGGCUUCCCCAGCUCCGCAACGCCUGGUGGGUGUGCUGCUCUGGUGGGAACCCUUUAGGGGGCGCGGCGGCUACCCCAAGUCUCCACCCGAUUGCAGCCUGCGCUUCAACAUCAGCGGCUGCCGCUUGCUCACCGACCGCGCGGCCUACGGGGAGGCUCAGGCAGUGCUGUUCCACCACCGCGACCUGGUGAAGGAACUCCACGACUGGCCUCCGCCCUGGGGCGCCCAAGAACGAACGGAUAAGGCGCUGGAGCUAAGCAUGUUCGACGCCCAGGAGGGAGCAGUGACGCUAACUGGCAAAGCCCUGGAGACCGUAGGUUCUCGUCCUCCGGGUCAGCGGUGGGUGUGGAUGAACUUCGAAUCUCCCUCCCAUACUCCAGGGCUGCGGGGCUUGGCCAAGGACCUCUUCAAUUGGACACUGUCCUACAGGACCGACUCGGAUGUCUUUGUGCCCUAUGGCUUCCUCUAUCCCAGGAACGAUCCAACUGAACAGCCUUCAGGCUUGGGCCCCCAGCUGGCCUGCAAGCGAGGAUUGGUGGCCUGGGUUGUGAGCAACUGGAAUGAGCACCAGGCACGGGUCCGUUACUACCACCAGCUGAGUCGGCACGUGUCUGUGGACGUGUUUGGCCGGAUGGGACCUGGACAGCCAGUGCCAGCCGUCGGGCUGCUGCACACUGUGGCCCGCUACAAGUUUUAUCUGGCCUUUGAGAACUCACAGCACGUGGAUUACAUCACUGAGAAGCUGUGGCGGAAUGCCUUUCUGGCUGGGGCCGUGCCAGUGGUACUCGGCCCCGAUCGUGCCAACUAUGAGCGCUUCGUGCCUCGUGGCGCCUUCAUCCACGUGGACGACUUCCCCAAUGCUGCUUCCCUGGCUGCCUACCUGCUCUUUCUCGACCGAAAUGUGGCUGUCUAUCGCCGUUACUUCCGCUGGCGCCGGAGCUUUGCAGUGCACCUCACCUCUUUCUGGGAUGAGCAAUGGUGCCGGGCAUGCCAAGCUGUGCAGACCUCUGGGGGCCAGCCCAAGAGCAUCCACAACUUGGCAGACUGGUUCCAGCGAUGAGGCCAUUCUGCUGUGAACUGACAUUUCCUUGGCUGAGUUUUCUAAAUACCCAAUUCUUCUUUAUGUGAAGAAGAUGAGUUACCAAUCAAUAUUAUUUAGCACAAGGAUGGGAAAAUUCCCAGACCCUCAUGGCCUUUUUACAGAGAGGUGGGCUGGCUAUCUGGUAAGGGGCUGCGGUAUCCUGGGUGAAAGAGGCCCUUCCUUACCUGUCAUCCAUGUGAAGAAGUGGCCUAUGCUUCUGGCCACAUGUGAGCGGCCCAUGUGGCCGCUAAAGUUUAGACGUAUUUGCUCUCUGAUCAUGGUUGCUUGGACCAAUGAAGAGCAGAACACAGGUUUUUGAAAGCCAGUGGGUAUGAGAUAGCGGAAGGAUUGUGCCCACACGUGGGGUUUUCUUUGGUGGUCGGAUUCCUCAAACCCUCUGAACCUGGAGAAGAUAAGAAGCCACUGAGUUCCUUCACCAGCCAUGAGUGUCCCCAGCCCUGUGAAUAGAAACAAGAGUCAAGAUUAUCUUCAGAGGAAAAUUAAGAUGAAAGCUGCAUUUAAGUGACACCCCAAAUUCAGGGCCCUAAAAGAGUGAAAGUACUUAGUAGAAAUAAAUGAAAAGUCCCUUUACAAUGUGAAUGACCAUCUUUUAAUUACUUCUUCUGUCUUUGGAGCUUCCCACAACCUGGAUUGGGAAAACAUUAAAAACGCGGGUAUGGAAGAGCCACAAGCAAUCUUCCCGCUCACUUCCCAGCCAAUGUUUACAAAUGGAAGAGACAUAAAUGGCAACAUGUUGUCCACAAAUUUGUUUAUUCUGUGUCUCUGUUGGGCCUGAAAUUUAACCUGGAAUGUGAGUCCUUCAGCAGCGCUGGCAGUGCUGUGCAGAGAGAACAGUAAAGAUUUUGGUGGACUCCGGGUUUGUGCACAAGGAAAAGGAAAGCUUUUGUGGCGUCUGUUUGUGGUUGUUCGGGUUCUGUCCAGUUUUUUGUUCAAUGGAGCUGAGCUAAUGCUUACUGCGAUCAGUUGCCCGUUCUUUGUUUUCCCCUGCCCUGCUGCUAGAUACUCAUUCCAGUGCCUUGAACCCUGUGCUGUGGGACCAAUCUUGAAAACACAGUCAUUGAUUUUCCUCGUUCAACAGAUGUCAGGGCAUGCCUGCUGGUGCCAAACACUGGGCUUGAGCUCCCAGGGGAAGGACAGUAAAGAAAGGUGUGAGGAAUUGUCUCCUCUUUGGGGCUCCUACAAUCUACUACUGCCACAGGGGAAUAGGGAUUUUGGUUACAUAAAGUAUUGUUCCUAAAUCAGCCAAGCCAGUUGACUGAGACCUCAAGUUAUGAAACUAGGACCCGCGCAGACACUGUUACGGGCAGGGCCCAAGAUUAACUGACUAUGUACCAAGUGCUGCCCCUGUUGGGUCAGGACAGUUAUUUGAAUCUUAGAUCAGGAUCACAUCCAAGAGCUUUCGUUACAUAUAGGCUUGUAAAACUACUUAGGCCCAGGUGCUUCUAGCCCAUCUUCCAUAAAAGGAGUAAUUAAAAGCAGUGAAUAACAUUGCCUCAUUAAAAUGUUAUAGUGUGGGCAGAGCCACAGUUGCAGAACACCAGCUGCCCCACCAAGGGAGACACAAGUUCUGGGGGUUGUCUUUGCUUACUUUGGCUUUCAGACAGGGUUUCUCC